UGCCAUGUCUGAUUAUUAAUAAUAGCUAAUAUGGCUGAACGUUUGUCAGCUGUGGGACAGUUAGGAAAGAAUUAAGAAUAAUAAUGGCUGGUGAAAUAGACCAUUUUAAUUCUUACACCUUUACUCGACCGGUUAAAUCAAAUAAUAAAGUGAAUGUACUUGAAUGUCGUGUAUGUGAAGAUGUAUUUGGGCUUCAAGGCGAUAAAGUACCUCGCCUUUUAUACUGUGGCCAUACAGUGUGCCAUGCGUGUCUGCUUCGUCUUCCAUUGAGAGACAAUGCUGUACAAUGCCCUUUCGACAGACAACCCACACCAGUUGGAAAUUCAGGUGUUUUGGGGUUGAAAAAGAAUUUUGCCCUGUUGGAACUCUUGGAAAGACUUCAGUAUACUCAUGAAAGAGCGGCCCAUUUCUACACCGCAGAUUUAUUGGAAAAAGAACGCCAGCUAUCAGUUAACUGCGAUGAAGAUGAACAUCAUAUAGCAGUUCUGUACUGUACUGUGUGUACAUCACACCUGUGUGAGGAAUGCUCGGAAUUGACUCACGCUACUCGCACGCUCGCAAGGCACCGGAGAGUGCCUCUCUCUGACAAACCUCGUGAAAAACCAAAAUGCCCAGCGCAUCCUACACACAUUGCUGAAUUUACGUGUCUGGAAGAUGACUGCCAAACACUGCAGUCUGGACCGGGGCCUAUCAUGUGCUUCAUUUGCAAGGAUUAUGGUCGUCACAAGAGCCAUAAGCAUGCUUUGGUAGAAACUGAAGCUGAAAACAUCCGAGCAACAGUCAUAAAUGCUGUCCAGCAUAUGAGAAAAUUUAUGGAAGAUAUGAGUGAAACUGUACACAAACUGGAACAAGUAGUUCAGAUGCUUGAAGGUACGGGAAGGGAGGGGGGAACGGCCGAUCUUGCUCGUGCACGUGUUCAGACGUACUUCCAGCAGCUGCGUGAAACGCUACAGCUACAGGAGGUUGCGGCCAUGGCUGCAGUGGACACUCACAUAAGAGAAAGACUCUGUUCAUUGCGUCAGCUUCAGGAAGAUUUAUCUACAUCAGUUUCACAGAUGGCCAGUGUGUGUGUCCAGUGCGAACAAACUAUACAGCAGGAUGAUACUCGUGUCUUGAUGGUUGGUAGAGAAAUCAAGGAGGCUCUGAACUCGAUUGAGAAACAGCAGCAGCAGUAUUCCGAGUUGAGCCCAGAACAGUUGCAACCUGAUCCUAGCAUACCCAUUACUUUCACGAAGGAUAAUCGCGUACAUAUUGGACCGAAGAUUGAAAUGCGAGUUGUUACUUUGGGUUUGGAUGGUGCUGGGAAAACUUCUGUUCUUUUCAAGUUGAAGCAGAAUGAGUUCAUGACCAUGAUUCCAACCAUAGGCUUCAAUGUGGAGACAGUGGAAUAUAAGAAUCUGAAGUUCACAAUCUGGGAUGUUGGAGGACAGCAUAAACUGCGUCCACUUUGGAAGCAUUAUUACUCCAACACUCAAGCGGUGGUGUUUGUCAUUGACUCGAGCAAUCACGAUCGGCUUGCUGAAGCCCACAGUGAACUUGCGAAACUUAUGUCUGAGAAAGAGCUGGAGGACGCAUCUCUGUUGAUCCUGGCAAACAAACAGGACAUUCCUGGCUGUGCAACAAUAGAGGAACUGACGGAGCAGUUUGCGCUGUAUAAAUUAUGCUGUGGUAGGAGGUGGCAUAUUCAGGCUUGUGACGCGCAAAGUGGGACGGGUCUCCACGAUGGACUGGACUGGUUGUCACGGCAAAUAGUUGCAGCAGGAGUAUAUGACAUCAGUUAAUUAUUAUUAUUAAGUACUGGUUAGUAUAUUGUUACCUUCCCUCAGUUGAGAUUCAUGUACGUUAGUAGUUAACAGAGGAUGCGGUUCAUGAACCUAACCUAACUCCUACCAGAAUAUUUAUAAACACGGAAGAUUCUUGGAUGUUCUUAGAUGCAUUCUGGCCCAUAGAGAUAUAUUCAGAGAUUAACGCUUUGACAAGUAUUCAUAUAUAUUUAUGUGUAAAUAAAAAUUAAAUAAAGUGUCUGUGUAUUUGAA